AUGCCUGAUAAUCCCGUCCCUGUACCAAACGCUAUCAAGCCAUACUGGCGGCAGGAAUUGCAUCCUCUCGAUAGCCACCAAAGCUCUGAAACCUUACCCGCAGAACAAGAUAUUGUCAUCAUCGGUGCCGGAUACGCGGGCGCUGCUCUAGCUUACUACCUGCUAGACGACGUGGAAGAUUUCUCGCGUCCCACCGUCACCGUCCUCGAAGCCAGGGAAGCAUGCUCCGGAGCAACGGCUCGUAACGGUGGCCAUGUCAGACCGGAUCUCUUUGCUGGCUUGCCCAGUCGUAUCAAGAAGUUCGGCCAAGAGGCAGCGGAUGAAGUGGCUCUGUUUGAGUUGGCCAAUUUUCAUGCUGUAAGGGAUUUGGUUCGAGACAAGAAAAUUGACUGCGAUUUCAGAAUCACCACCUCGAUGGCGGUGGUUAGAGAUGAAAGUCUCGCAAAGCAGAUGAAGGACAGCCUUGAUGAACUUUUAGAACGGGGAUCGCCAACCGCGAAGCUGAUUCACUAUGUUGAUGGAAAAGCUGCUGAAACAUUUUCAAGCGUCAAAGGGGCAACAGCUGCCUUUUCAUUCGAAGCGGGCUCAAUUUGGCCAUACAAGCUGGUUCUCUUCCUCCUGUCGGAAGCUGUCAACAAGGGAGCCCAGCUGCACACCCACACACCCGUUACCAAUGUCUCGGAGACACAAGAAAACGGCUUCUGGAACGUCACAACGCCCAGAGGUACGAUUAGAGCAAAGACCGUGCUCUACGCGUCUAACGGCUACACCUCAACAAUACUUCCCGAGUACAAGAAUCGCAUCAUCCCAGUCCGCGGCAUCUGCAGUCAUAUUGCCGUUCCUGAUGGCACUGCGCACCCUCAUCUUCCAAUGACUUUCUCGCUGCGGCAUGGACCGAGCCUUUUCGACUACCAGGUCACAAGACCAGAUGGUAGCAUUGUUGUUGGCGGUGCUAGAGUCAAGGUCAUCCCGCGUGUAGAGGAGUGGUACAAUGUCUGGGACGACUCCGAGCUGAUUGAACCUGCGGCUAAUUACUUUGACGACUAUAUGCAAAAGAAUUUCCGUGGGUGGGAGGAUAGUGGUGCCAAGGUAGACAGCAUCUGGACAGGAAUAAUGGGGUACACCAACGAUCUCUUCCCCCAUGCUGGCUCUGUGCCAUCUAAACCGGGCCAGUACAUAUGUGCGGGGUUCAACGGGCACGGCAUGUCGUUCAUCCUGUUGACAGCCAAGGGUGUGGCGAAGAUCGUGCGGGAGAACGUGCCGUUCUCGCAGUCCGGUAUUCCGCGGCUCUUCGAAACAAGCGAGCGGAGGCUUCAGCGGGAAGAGAACGAGCUCCUUGCCUAA